GCUUCUGGUUCACUCAAACCGUAAGGUUAAAUAUCUUAACAUUUCCGGCUGUCCAAAGACUCCAAAACCUUAAUUAGGCAAUACUUAAGUUCACAUUUAGCCCACUAAUCCCAUAAGGCCAUGAGCAAAACAAACUUUACACAGCUAAGUGAGCCCCGAAACGCCAAACGAAAGCAGCACAAAGGUUGUUCGUCUCACCUGGUCUAAACCAACUCAGAUGUUUGUAAACAAAUAAAACAAAAAGCGGAUAGAAGAAAUGAGAGAGGGGAGGGAUAUAGAGGGGUGCUCGGUGCGCAAUUGGCUUCAAAUUGCAGCGCAGCAAGAGCCGGAGCGAGCCAAACCGAGUAAGCCAAAUCCGGCGACUUGGCCACUUGGCUGCACUCAUCGCCAGUCUCACAGAAACGCUCAAAGCGUUCGGACACCCAAGCACAAGCGGUGCGAGUCUCAGCCACAAAGCAAAAUAAGAAAGAAAACAAACCCAAAACCAGGCGACUUGGAGUAACUUUCGUGCCUCGUGGUAGAAAACUCAAGCUGGAGAAAGGCCUAGACCAACAGCUCAUAAGCAUUUUAUUUUUUUUUUUGCAACCCAGCCAGCCAGUCAGUUGGCCAAAAUCGCCGCAUUUCACCGACCAUAAUGCGCUGACAUUGAUUCUGGGCCAACGUGCAUUGUCAUCGGUGGUGAGGUCGUUCAGGGCUAUCGGGAUUACCAGUUGGUAGACCCAAAAACCAGUUGAAGGGCAACAAGACCAGCUAAAAAGCGAGAGAGAAACUCAGCGCGCAUGCGUGCACGUGCAUAAUUCACUCAAACGCUUUGAGUUUUUGGUAACAAGAACGAGCGUUCGCUGUGCUGCUCAAACUGUUGGUGCGCGGAAGUGUUAAGUUUGUUAUAAAUAAUAUUGCGCAACAUAAGUACCAAAAAUAAAAGAUACAUAAAUGCGCUAACUAACCACAAUAAACGAAAAAUGUGUAAGAAAUUUGUGAGCAAAAUUGGCAAACUGUCGAGCUGUGUGAAAAUACUAACAACACGGUCGAGCCGAUAACACAAAAGCCACGCUUUGUUCGUGACUCGUGGCUAAAAGCCAAACAGCCAAACAACCAAGCGAGCCAAUAAAUAAACACUAACCAAGACAGGCCACAAAAAAAUAAAAGAAAAAAGCAAAGCAUAUAAAGGAAAAUCAUAGCGGGCAAAAUGUCCAAGCAGUUGAAAAUAAAUUCACUUUCGUUGCUGCAUUGCCUGGCAGCGCUGCUCUGUGCGGCAGCGCUGCAGCCACAACAACCACAGCUAAUAUUGCAGCAGCGACAACAGCAGCAAUUGCUAGUCCAGCAGCAACAGCAGCCACAGCAGCAGCAAUUGCAGCCAGCAAGUGUUGCUGCGACAACAGCAGCAGCAACAACUCCUGCAGGCAGCAGCGACAUCAGACUUUUGAAUGCAACUUCAGAUGGUGCUGUCACCACCACUUUCAUCGACAACACCAGCAGCAAUGCCAACAGUAUGACCCACAACGUCCCAAACAAUGAUGCUGCCUCCUUCGAGCAGCAGCAACAGCAACAGCAUCAAACGUUGCAAUAUGCACAUAUCUCGGCAUUAGAUAAAGAAGUAGUCGAGCGCCUGAUCAAACAGUGGGCCCCCAUCGUUUGGCUGGCCCCCGAGGAGAAAUUCAUGCCGCUGGGCGUGGAGGAGUUCCUGCAGUAUGUCCAUCCCAUGGACAAGGACAGCAGCUUUCGGCCAGGAGUUCCGUUUAGGGACUACUCUACCAAGUCCCACCUGGUCACAAACAACGAAAUCCAGGAGCUGCUAGAGAACGACAAGUCUUUUCUGUACGGUCGCAAUCCCAAUGAGAAGCCGGUGCCCAUCUAUGGAGUGGUCACCAUGUGUCCUUCCAGAAGGCAACCAGUGGUUCCAACUCCUCAACCGGUCAGCACACGAGCUGCUUACAUUCCCGUCUCCAUUGAUCCCCUCGAGCAACAAAAUGACACUGUAAGGAGAUCCUCCAGACUGUUUCCACUUUUUCAGCGGGUUAAACGUGAGGCACAGGCAGCUCCAAAGUACAGUGCACUCAACGAGUACGAGGAACUGGUGAUGGAGCCCACGCAGAUGCCCCAAAAAGACUCCGAUCCAGAGUCGGAGCCGGAAAGCGGAGUGCCAGUGAACAACUUUAUUGCCAACCUGGCGGAUAAUGUCAAGUUUAGCGGUGGCACCGACUCCGAUGACAACCUGGAGGAGAACAGCAUUGGGCAGAGCCCGGAACAGGAGGCGAAUCCUGGAAAGGGCAAGUUGCCGGGCUUCCAUGUAACCUACUGGAUGUUUUAUCCCUACAGCCAGGGCAAGACCAUGUGCACCGUGAGCUUGGGUCCUCUGGGGAGGAUUCCCUUCCCCGCUGUGUAUGGAUAUUGUCUGGGCAAUCGCAAGGAUAUCGGUAGCCACGUGGGCGAUUGGGAGCACAUGAGCCUGUAUUUUAACGGCGAUGCCGAACCGCAGGCCAUGUAUGUAUCCGCCCACGAUGCGGGUGCCUACUACAGCUACAAUCGGCUGACGGGAUCCUUUGAGUUCCGCCGCCAGGAGACCCGCAAGGGAAUCCUACAGCGCCCUAACUUUCCAAAAACAGUGACGACAUUCAAGAACCAUCCGGUGCUGUUUGCCGCCAAGGGUUCGCAUGGCCUGUGGACAGCGCCAGGGAAGCACCGAUUUGUCAAAGUAGCGCGCCUCUAUGACAUUAAUGGAUUUGGUACGCCAUGGAACACUUGGAAGGCUGUGGACAUAAGUUAUGAAAACUUGAGAUCAUAUGGUCGUUCACUGGUACCAGAUUGGCUCACAUAUCGCGGCAAGUGGGGCAAUCCGAAGAGCAAUUGCCAUCCUUUCCGGCGAAUCGGACUUAAUUUCUGUGAGUUUACCGACGGUCCCACGGGAAUACCGCUUAAGGAACCCCACUUCCAAUGCGGUGCUGACUAUCGCUGAGGAGUUACUCGGAAAAAGGUCCCUUGCCUAGUUUUAGACUAAAGUAUUUAUUGUGAGAACCACCCAAAAAGAUCCCCUAAAGAUUUAAAAUGAAUCAAUAGUAAACAUAA